CAUAAACAUAAUAUAGAUGGACUGCGCGCCAUAUACUACAGAAUACUUAUGACUAUGAGCACGAACUAAGAUAUCUUAAUUCGUGGUUAUGGAUAUGGACCAUAAUCAUGAUUAUUAGUUGAUAGUUUGUUACUCAUUAGACGUUAAUCGUUUCAUAAAAUUAUUUUUUCCAACAGUUAACAAGUAUUUUGCUUAUAGGUAAUACAAUUAAUUAUUUAAAUAUGUUAUGUGGAAAAUAUUUGUUGUUAUGUGGCUUAAGUUGUGUAUUCAUUUUCAAAUCUACAACUGUCUACGGAUUAAUAGAUCCAAUCACAGGAGCUUUGGUUGCAGGGGCUCUAAUAACAGGAUACUUUUUUGAUAAAAUGCCUAAUUUUUUUGGAUGUUCUAAUGAAUUAGAAAUUAAAGAUUUAAAAAGUGACAUGGAAAAAAAAUUUUUUGGGCAACAUAUUGCAUCAAAAAUUGUAGUAUCUGCUUUGGCAGGUAAUUUGCAUCGUAGCAGAAAUAACAAGAAACCGUUAGUAAUGUGUUUUCAAGGUUCCAGUGGUACUGGUAAAAAUUAUUUAUCAGAUUUAAUUGCUAGUCAUAUGUUCAAAUCGGAAAAAUUAAAAAAAUCUCAAUAUCAUGUCAUUCAAGGACAAACAGAAUUUCUACUGCAAACAAAAAUAAACGAUUAUAAGGAAAACCUUCAUUCUACUGUGAAAUCUGCUAUAAAAUCAUGUGAUACAAAUUUAUUUGUUUUUGAUGAAGUCCAUUAUAUGCCUAUGGGUAUACUCAACAUACUAACACCUAUUCUUGAAAACAAUGAUGUGUCAAUUGAUUCUAGGAAUUCAAUUUUUAUAUUUAUAACUAAUACAGGUUAUACAUCAAUUAUAGAAAAGUAUUUCGAUCUUUGGGUUAACGGUUUUUCUAGAGAGAAUAUGACGGUUGAAGAUUUUGAUACCAUUUUACUAAAAUCUGCUUUCAAUGAAGAUGGCGGGUUGCAGAAAAGUUCAAUAAUAGAUUCCCAUGUUAUUGAUUUUUUUGUUCCAUUUUUACCACUCGAAAAAGUUCAUGUGGAACAAUGUAUUGAGGCAGAGUUGAAAAAUCUAGAAAAACAUUUGGAUUCUGAAUUAAAAAGUGAAAUAUUGCGGAUAGUUGCAUUUGGUCCAGAGCCUGAAAAGUUAUUUGCUACUUCUGGUUGUAAAAGGAUUAAACAAUGGGUUGCAGCUAAAUUAUAUUCUGAUUAAACUGGAUAUUUCUAAAGAACACAGUGGGUGUUCUUGUACAUAAACUUUUGGAAAAAAACCUAUCUGAAAAUAAAUAUUUUUGUAUGUUUAAUAAUCAUCAAAUAAUGUUAAUAUAAUAAGUCAAUUA